AUGUUUAUUAAAUAACUUAAAUCAAAAAUAUAAACACGCUCUGUAUCGAAUAUUUCAGGACAUUCAAACUUAAGAUAUUCAGCUAUAAUAACUCCAUAAAGUAAUACAAUAAAUGUGAUUUGGGAUAUUAAUUAAAUUGGCCAAGAAUUAGAUUGCCAUGAUGAUCCAAUUUUGACUGAAGCUUUGCAGUUGAUUAAUAAUCAUUAAGUAAAUCAAGCAAUUUUCAUAUUAAACUAAAGUAUUAUGAAUAAUAAUAUUGUAGUGGUUUCUGAUGGGAAAAAAUAUUUGGGUUAACAAUCUCAAGUAUAAUUGAUUAUGAAAGUUAUAUUAUUGGUUGUAUCAAGUGCUAUGUCAAUUUUAGAGGAUGAUCCAGCUUCAGCAUUACUUUUGCUACUAGGUUGUGAUUAGAUGUUUAAGGGAUUGAAACCAAAAUAAUAAGGUUAUCUUAGAGUUUAGAUUCUGAAUGGAUUAGGUUGUUAUUAUAGAAGAGUUGGAUAAUUAGAAAAAGCUUUAAAAGAAUUAGAAUAUGCAUUGGCAGUGAUUAAAAAAUAUAGUUUGAAAGAGGUUGCAGUAACUCAUCUAAAUUUAUCUGUAGUAUUAUCUUUAGUGAAAGAGUAUAAUUGUAAUUAUAUUAGCAUUUAGACAUGAGGGAGCUUUAGAAAAUGCUAAGAAGGCAGUUACAGAAAGUCAUAAAGAAUAUUAAUACUAUAUAAAGAAUCAUGUAUCAAUGUAAACUUUUAAAUUUUAACGUUGUGUAAGUUCAUUGGCAAUCUCAUUUUACAAUGUUGGAGUAUAAGAAUAACAUUUUUAAAGAUAUUAAUUUGCAUUAUAGGCAUAUGCAUCAGCAUUUAAAGUAGCUGAAGAUAAUUUAGGAAUUCAUCAUUAUCUAACAAUUUAACUUAAAAAUAUAUAUGAAGAAUUUGCUAGAUAAUUAGCAAUGGCUGAAGGUUAAAAGAUUGCAAUUACUUCUUUGAAUCAUAAAUUUUAAAUUAGAUCAAAUAUUAAAAGUCAAUAUGAUUAAAAUGUUUUAAGGAAUUAACCAUUAGAUACUGUAAAAAAGGUUACUGAUAGAUUAUUUUAAUCAGAAUCAAAUAGAUUAGGAAAUUCACUUAGACCAUAAUCAGCAAUGAUGAGUUAAACACAAAAACCUAAAUUAAAAUCAUUUGAUUUUACUAGAAGAGAAGGAUAUACUAUUCAUAAAUAAAUGUCUGCUACAAAUCGUACAUUAAAUCAAUUUAGUGAAGAUAAUACAAAGUUUGAAAUUGAAAAAUUAGAAAAAACUAAGUUAUUGUAAAGUUGUAUAUAAAAUUUAUAAUCAGUAAUUAUUCAUAUUAUUAUCAGCAAGCUUAAAAAGAAUAAGAGAGAUUGAAAAGAAUUUAGGAAGAGAAAUAAAGAGAAUUAUAAAAAUUAGAAGCUUUUCGUUAUAUUAAUUAAUAAAUACAGUAAAAGAAAUAAUCAAAACACUCAAAUUAAACUUCUAGAGAGAUGAAGUAAUCAAUCGAUUAGACCAAAUAAAUUUUUAAUACAGAUCCAUAAAUUUAGGAAAUCUUAAAUGAAAGUGAACCUUAACCUUUAGUUGCUAUUUAAUAAUAGAUCAGAUCAAAUAAAACAGAAAUAGAAAUAGAAGAAAAUUUAUUGAAUAAUUAAAUUAGUACUAAUGAUAAGAAUUAAAAAAAAGAAGAAUAACAUAAAAGAUUGUCUUUUGAAACAACACUUGAAUAAAAAGGAGUUUAAGAUGAAACAAUUUAGAGUUUGAAUAGAAAAUUGGAAUUUGAAUAGGAUUCAUCACUUAAGAAUAAUUAUUUUUAAUAAAAUAUAUCAUAUAAGUAGAUUGAAGAUUUAGAAGAAAUUAAUGAAGUUAAUUAUUAAUAAAAGAAUAAAUAGAUUGUUGAAAAUUAAGUAGAAUAAAUAUUUCAAUAAAAAGUUAAAUUAUUUAAAACAGAGCAAAAAUUAUCAGGAAUUAAUUACAUUUAAAAAAUAUGGAAACAAAGUUAAAUUAAAUUGAAUUAACGAAUUCUAAAAUUAUAAUCUAAUUAUUAAUUAGUCACAGAUUAAUAAUACUCUAGAAUUAUGGAUGAUAAUAACAAUAUUCAUAAUGGUAUUUUAUUUUUAGGUUAUAAUCAUAAAGAUAUUAAUUAAUUAGAUAUUUUGUUUAUUGAUUUUUAUAUAAUAAGAAAAUCUUAGAGAAAAUCCAAAAAUAUAAAUGAAAAAUUAGUACAUAUAUUAAUAUUAAGUAUUUCAUCUAUUAUUCAAAUUACUAAAGACAUUUUAGAGAAUUUUAUAAAAUAAUUAUUACCACUUAUUCAUAUCAAUAAAUAAUCACUUAUUAUUCAAACUCAUCUGUAAGAAAUUGAAAUAAAAUUAAUGGACAAAUAAAGUUCAAUAAAAUUUGAUGUAAAAUAAUUAAAACUAUCUGAAUAUUAUCCUAAAUUUGAAGAUAGUAUUCAAAAUCUUCAAGUUCCAACUACUAUUGCUGAUAUUAAUUCAUUUAAUAUUGAUUCUAUUGUAAUUUAAAAAUCACCUUAAAUAAAUUAAGAAUUACUUUAAUAACCAUUUUAAGAUAUUCCUUUGUUUCAAGAAUAAAUUAUAUAAGAAUUAAACGUAGAGAAUUAAGAAAAGAAUAUAAAUGAAGAGUAAGAACAGCCUUCAGAAGAUUAAGAAAUUCAGUUUAGCUAGGUUCAAUAAGAAAGAAAAAAUGGAAGUGAUGAUAUGGAAAAAGGUAAUGAAACUGGAUAAUUUAAUAUUAAUAUCUAAUCCUUCUAAUAAUUAUAAUCUUAACAAGAUCUAGAUAAGCCAGAAGAAGAGAACGAGUAUUAAAAAUAAAGAUAAAAUUAACUUAAGGAAAAUAACUUAAAUUUAGAUUUUACUCUUUAAUACAAUGAAUUUAGUAUUAAUAAUUCAAUGAUGGGUGUAAUCAAUAAUGUUGAAACAGAUUAUUAAUAAUUAGAUAAUAUAAAUAAAAAUAAAGAAAAACCUUCAGUAAAUCAUACAAUUUUAGAAGAGGAAGAAGAAGAUCAGAAAGAAUAAGAUUUAAAUAAUAAUAGUGGUUAAGAUGGAACAAAAUUGAAGGAAUAUUAUGUAGAAAGCUAAUCUUUUUAAUCAAACUCAGAUGAUAAUAAUAAGGACCAAUCAAAAUAGAAUCAAGAUGAAUAAACUAAAUAAAACAGUCAAGCAUUUCCAGAUGAAAAAGCUUAAAUGAAUAUACUUCAAAUACCUUUCCAACAAAAUAAAAAUUAUAGUAAAUAAACAAGUUUACAAUUACCAGAUUUAAUGAAGGAAAUUAUUGAUUCUGAUUAAGAAAGUAAUUAUUUAAUUUUCCAUUUAGUUUCUUUAAUAAAUCCAUAUAGUUAUGAUAAUGUAGGUAUAAUUAAUGGAAUUAAUAAAAUAAAUGGAAAACUAAUAUUUAUUCAUAUUCUAAUCAAUAAAGAAUAAUAAUUAUUUUAAGCAAAGGCAGAAAUAGAAAAUAUAAAAAUUAAGCCAACUUAUUUUAAAGUUGAAAAUGUAGAGAAAACACUAAAGAAGCCAUAAAAAUAUUUAAAAGGAUUUCUUGUUAAUUGGAAAAAUUAAUUUUUUUUAAAGGUUUAUUCAAAAACACAUGAAAAUGCAGUUCUUAAACUUCAAAAAAAAUUCAAAUUUGAUCAUUAUAGAAGACAUAUAACAUUUAAAUUAGCUAAAACUGAUAUUUAAGGUAUAUUAGAUGUAGGUUCCAGAAAUUAAAUAAUAUAUUUAGCAAUUGAAACAAAAUCCACCUAGCAAAGAUAUUCUUAUACAUUUAUAAAUGAAAACUAUAGUCAAUUUGUUAAUAAAAUAUCUUCUAGAAUUAUAAAUAAUCUUAGAUUUUCAGAAGAAAAGGGAAUCUAUUUAUUUUAGGAAAACUAACUUAGAAUUUUAGCUUAGAAUCUAUAAGGUAAAUUCUUUUGUAAUUUAAGCUAAAAUUUUUAAAUUGGUAAAAUCAUAAACUGCUUAUGAAUUCAUAGGAUUUGAUGUUUUGAAAGGAAUUUAUGAUUCAAUGAAUAAAAAAAUAAUUAUUGAAAGUGACAAUAAAAAGACUUUGUUUACUUAGGUUGAUAUUCCUAAAUCAAUAUAAGAAGAUCAACUCACUUAAUUUUCUAAAAAUUUAUUAAAUCGAGUAUUUCUAUAUUUCAAUCUCUAUUUAGUCUUAUAUCAUUCAAAGAGAUAAUCAAAAUUGUGUAGUUUAUUAUAAGGAGAAGGAUGAAGAAUAAGUUAAACAAAUAUAAAAUGCAAUCUUUAAAUAUUAAACAAUAAGAACUUUAAAAAUAAAUUAUUAUUAAAUUUAGGAAGGACAAAUAAUCAAAAGAGAAAUAGUUUUCGAAUUAUAAAGAAAAAUUAAAAGGAUUUUUGGUAUUAAAUACUUAGAGAAUUUUUAUGUAAUUGGUAAAUUAAAUGAUAAGGAGAUUAAAAAUUUGAUUUUAAACUUUAAGAAAAUAAUAAGUACAUUCUUAGAAUAAGUAAAUAAUGAAAUUAAAAUUGAUAUAAAUUCUAUUAAAGAAUUUUUAAAUUAAGAAGGGUAAUUUGUAUAAUUAUUGAGAAUGGAUUUAAAAGAUAUUAUUUAUUAAUUAUGA